CAACUCCAUCGAUCACACAAAACCUUCUGACUACAAAAUUUUUUCUUCUCAAACAAACACUUAAAAUAUUUUCACUGAAAUCGCUUUUGUUUAUACCAUUUCUGAAACCUUCAAUCCCGUCUCUCUCGACCUUAACCUCAACCUCAACAACCCACUUGUUCACUUCUUGCUUUCUUCAAAAACCCACUUGAAAUAAUGGCUCCUGACAUCACCACUGCCGCCGCCACUGCCAAGCCAUCCGGGCUAGCCAAGGACGGUAGCGUGCCUAGCCGGGCAUAUGUUACGUUCUUGGCUGGCAACGGGGACUAUGUGAAAGGUGUGGUUGGCUUGGCCAAGGGCCUGAGAAAGGUUAAGAGCAAGUACCCACUAUUGGUGGCAAUCUUGCCCGACGUGCCGGAGGACCACCGUAAGAUUCUGGUGUCUCAAGGGUGCAUUGUGAAGGAGAUUGAGCCGGUGUACCCACCGGAGAACCAGACCCAGUUCGCCAUGGCCUACUAUGUCAUCAACUACUCCAAGCUUCGUAUUUGGGAGUUUGUGGAGUACAGUAAGAUGAUCUACCUCGACGGAGACAUUCAAGUUUUUGAAAACAUAGACCACCUGUUUGAUCUCCCAGACAACUACUUUUAUGCUGUGAUGGAUUGCUUUUGUGAGAAAACAUGGAGCCACACUCCACAAUACAAGAUUGGCUACUGCCAGCAGUGCCCUGACAAGGUCCACUGGCCUGCUGAGCUUGGCCCCAAGCCUGCCCUCUACUUCAAUGCUGGCAUGUUUGUGUAUGAGCCUAAUCUUUCAACAUACCAUGACCUCCUCAAGGGCCUUCAAGUUACCCCUCCUACCCCUUUUGCUGAGCAGGACUUUUUGAACAUGUUCUUUAGGGAUAUUUACAAGCCAAUCCCACCAGUUUACAACCUUGUCCUGGCCUUGUUGUGGCGCCACCCAGAGAAAAUUGAGCUUGACAAGGUCAACGUUGUUCACUACUGUGCUGCUGGGUCUAAGCCAUGGAGGUACACUGGCAAGGAAGAAAACAUGGAGAGGGAAGAUAUCAAGAUGCUGGUGAAGAAAUGGUGGGAGGUAUAUGAUGAUGAGUCAUUGGACUACAAGAACACUGUGGCUUCUGAAGAGGCUGCAGCAGGGUCUGGGCAGGGGAGCCUGCAGUCAUUUUUGGCUGCGCUUGCGAAGGCUGUCGGUGUUCCCUACAUUACCGCCCCAUCUGCCGCUUAGUGCUUGUGGGUUAUAAGCAGAUAAAUGUGUAUAGGACUUACUAAGUACACAGUUUGUUCUAGUAGCAUGGCUGGUUAUAGUCUUCUGUUUUAGGGUUUUUUUUUUGAAGGUUUUAAUUUGUCUAUGGUUGGUUAUGGUCUUUCUUGUUUUAUGUGAAAGACCCAAACCUCCCAGAUUUUUAGGGGCACUGAUUUUGCUCCAAGCUAGUGAAAUGAAAUUGUAUUUUUUAUAA